CCACUCGGAAGAAGUUACGUGGAACUCUCGUCUGUAAGCAGAACGUCAUCGGCUGCUUUCUCCAGCAGAUAACGUCACUUUUUAACAGAAGUUCGACGUUUUCCCGUGAACGCCGUCCACCAGACAGGCCAAAGGACUUAAUGCCUGGUUUGUGAAACCCACAAAAGAGCAAGAAGGAGAGGAUGGGACGCUUAACAUGGGUAAUGGCGAUAGUGGGGCUCUUGGCCGCCGCCGCCGAUGGAAUAAUGUUCCAUUUGCAGCCCAACACACAAAAAUGUCUCCGGGAAGAGAUUCAUAAGGAUGUCCUCGUCUCGGGAGAGUACGAAAUCCAGGAGACACCUGGGCAGAAAGUCGAUAUUCAGGUCACAGACUCCAAGGGUCAUCACCUGUACAUAAAGGAAGAAGCUGACAGUGGCAAGUUUAUCUUCAAUACAGAAGACUACGAUGUUUAUGAUGUGUGCUUCAUCUCAAGAGUUCCUGCAACUCAGAGAGGAAUCCAGCAGGAAGUUACUCUCAACACCAAACAUGGUGUGGAAGCCAAGACCUAUGAAGCGGUGAGUUUCGCCUUUUCUCUUUGCAAAAUACUUCAUGAUAUACAAAUGGGGCUGGUAUCUGGAUAUUAAAUUUGAUUUUGGGCC